AUGAGAAAGGGCCCACAAAUUACCUUUGACCAAAGGGAUAUGCUGGUAAUGCCUGUAACUGAGAAUGAAAUUCUUCAGACCUUAAAAGACACUGGGGACCUAAAAGCUCUAGGUGUAGAUGGUUUUGGGGCUAAGUUCUUCAAGGCCUCUUGGACUGUUGUUAAGCAAGAUGUUAUUGAUGUUAUUUUGGAUUUUUCCAUCAUAACAACAUCUACCAUAUUUUCAACUCCACCCUUGUGUCCCUCAUCCCCCAAAGGCAAUGAAGGCAAGACUAUAAGGGACAUCAGACCUAUCUCAUGUUGCACAACUGUUUAG